AAUGUAUAUCCCUGAUAACAAUGGAUGUGAUUGUUUUACAUCAAUUAAUAUUGAUCACUGUAUUUGAGAUUUUCAUUUAGGAAUAACAGUUAAUACUUCAUUGCAAAGAUGCGUGCUAUAACUAUUAGUUUGCUGGUAUUUGUGAGCUUCGUAAAUUCAUCAGAUUUAAAAAUAGAUAAAAUAAGAUUGGAGGAGGCUCUGAAAGGGAAUCGUGUUGGUGAAAGAAAUAGGAUUCUCCAAGGAAUUUUAAAUGAUUUAAUUAAUCAAUUACGUGAUAUAAUGGUGAAUGGAACUGAAAACAUUCCCGUUUUGGAUCCUUUGAGGAUAGGGGAAAUAGAAGUUGGUGAAAGUAUUUUCGAAACACCGGAAUCAUUCAUCAAGAUUGGUGAGACACGGGUUGAUAAUUUGAGUACAUUUGUGUUUGAUACAUUAAAUAUUGCCAUAGAGGGAAUUAUAUUUCAACGAUACAUUUUGAGCUUUGACACACAUAUACCGGAAAUUAAUGUUAAUACAAACAGCUAUGACAUGAACUUUGUAGUAUUGGGCGGUCAAGUAUUUGGAGGCGGAAAUAUGAGUGUAAACGUUGUAAAACCGCGCAUCAAGGGAAGAUUGAGUACAUCUCUGAGGAUUAAUAAUGGAAUGUUCCUUACAAUUAAUGAUUGUGAAAUUCAAGUCAGCCUCGGAGAUUUUCAGCCAACCAUCACUGGUAUGUGGGAUAACGAAGUCGCAAGCUCGUUUAUUUCAAGGUUUCUUGGAAACCUCGUACCUGAGCUCAUGACGUUCUUUGAGUAUGAAAUCAAUCAAAUCCUCAGUGUUGCUGUGAAAACUAUAGGAAAUGAAAUACUCAAGGAUAUUAAUGUUAUCGAUCUUAUAAGACCAUAAUAAAACAUUGAGUAUUCCAUAGCGAACUAAAAAUAUAUAAACGUCACUUGAAUUAGGGAGUGGAAGAAUAUCUAUGAUCUUUAUUUUUUAAAGUAAUGGUUUCUGAUUUCAGAGCCAGGUUUUUUAGACUUCCAAAAACAAUGACUACUAAUUAUAAUAAUAAAUUUUUUGUAAAU